GUUAUUAUAAAAACACAUGUAUCAAACAUGACUUAAAAGAAAUUUGACUUUGCAGUGUAAUAUUACUAAACCCAGUGGUAUCUUAGGUAAACCUGAUGCAAUCAGUCAAGGGUUUCAUUAGUUCCAUGAGGUGUGUUUGAGAUAGAAAACUGUAAGUACCUGGACUACAGUCUUAGAUGUCAUAGAAAUAUGGCUGAGUCAGGAGAAUUGUCCGAACAGUUCAGAGAAGAGCUCACCGUUUUACACUAAAAGGCCAAAUAAUAAAAAAAGAUAGAAAAAGUUCUGAAUGUAUCAAGAGAUGCAGUUGGAAAUAUUCUUCACAAGUUUAAGAUGAAGGUGCCUUCACCACCAAGGCAUUGCUAAAAGAGGAAGCUAUUAAUGACUGUCGUCAAGGAGGCGGUUGACCAAAGUCUCUUGCUGACCGCCAAAGGCAUGUAGCAAAACUGGAUGGAAGACUUGUGGCAGCAACCAAUGAAGUUUUAGUUACCAGAAAAAGCCACAUAAUAAACACUAAAGGGCUUCUUGCCUGAACUUCAAGAUGCAUACCAACACUGACCAAGAAACAAUACCAAAGGGUUUUGGACGUUCUGUUCUGUGGAGCGAUGAAUUAAAACCGGAUCUUUUCAGACCUGUAGAUCGGUACGGCUUGUUACGCUGAAACAUUGCAUCGACUCAGUGAUGCUCUGGGGUUGUUCUGCUUCCUCUGGUACUGGCAAACUGCAGUAUGUGGAUUGUAAGAUGGACUCAGUCAAGUAUCAGACAGUCUUUAGGGAAAAUGUGGUACUACUGAUGAGGAAGCUCAAGUGGGGAUGAAGGGAGCUUUAAACAGAAGGAUCCAAAAUAUAUCUCGAAAUCAGUCAAGAAUUGGUUUCAGAAGAAGCCAAGGAAAAUAAAGUGACCCUAAUGGUCGCCUGAAUUAAGAAUAUGAACCAAGUGGAGACUAUGAGGAGCAGGCUAAGAUUCUAAAGGCAAGCUAUGAAUCAUGUAUGGAGCAGUCGAUAACCAAAAGGAUGCUGCACUAAGUAUGAAAUAUGCUAUUCUGAUGCACAAAUGUAUUAUUUGUGAAACUGCAGUAGUUAUUGAAAAUGGCAUUUUCUGUUUAAUUGUGAAACCUCCCAAUGCAAAUAGUUUUUGUUUUAUUCCUUCAUGGUGAAACAUACAUUUUGCCAGGUGACUUAAUUUUCAACAGAGGUUGAGACGGCAUUUGUGUCCUUCCACAGACUGUAUUCAAACCCUCUCAUCGUCCUCCACGGGAAGACUGCCACCAGCCUCACAGCUGUUGCAGCUUGUUUUGACUGUAGCUCUUUACCUUACCGUGCCAUAACUCGCAAUUAUCUCAGUCGACAAGCCACACUCAGGGUGGAAGUCAGCAAACAUGGGGUGAGCGUGACCCACAUCUUUCCCAACAGGAAGUUUGCUUCAUCAUCCACCUGCUUCUUGGUAAAGGCAUCAAGGAACUCAUGUUGUCAACAAGAACAGGUGUAAGAGCUUUUCCGUCUUUCGUUUGGAGCGACAUCACAAGCAGCUUUCAUUUCUCACAGCAGUGGAUCCCCGGCAUGUGCAGAGUCAAAUAAUCAAAGUGAGGAAGCAGCUCAGUCCUCUGCCGCCUCUCAACAGGAAGGAGCGACUUCUGAACUGUGACUUGCCAAAAACCUCACCACCUUUUAUCUUCAGUACCUCUUUAAGAGUCGCGACAUCUUUUGUUCUAAGGAGUCUACGGAAAUAUGCCCUGCAUGCUGCUAGAAAGGGGGAACUAGUGCUCAGUCUCCUUAUGCCGCCCCUCCUCUUCUGAAGAACAAUAUCCCCUUCUAAACCCAACCUCCUCUAACUCCUCUACUUUUCAUGUCAUCUGCUUGGUUUUAUUUUGUCACAAACUGCUUGGAUGAGUGCCUCUGCAGAUGGUUCUCAGUGUGCGGACGGCUUGCUGAGACAGGACUGAGAGCGUAAGGUCCUUGCUGGUCAUGGGAUGCUGCAGCGUGACUCAGAGGCACACGGGAGUGGACGAAGUGGGUCCGGAUGAAAUUGAACUGCUGGAACUCUCUGGGGACAAUUUGGGAGUAUGGAGUCUGAGCGAAAACAGAGUUCAGCUGUCGGUGAGGAACAGCAGAGAUGAGCAGCAGCUGGCACCACAGCUGCCAUGCAAAGCCUCAGUGCGACACCUGGAGCAGGAGGUGGUGCUGUGGGGCAGGACCAGAGAUGAGCUCCACCACAGGAUUUACUCUCAGCAGCCGAUCAGGGGCUGGGAGGGUCAACCCGCUCAUGUUUACGGAGAGGUCAUCCACUCCUCUGUGGUGUUUCUCCACAACAACUAUUCAGAGGAACAAAGUGAACGGUUCUUGUUGUUGUUCUCUUUUCACCUCUUAAUCCUCUCUCUGGAUCACUCCCAAGAAGACUUCAUAUACGAGGGCAUACUUCCUGUUUCUGGCCUGUCUGUCCGAGCCGUAUCCCUGCAGCCGGAUGCGUCACAUCCAACACUCAUGUUUGAGAUCACCAGUGCAAUGGUGGACUCCAAGGUGUUUACAUGUGCCAGUGCAGGAGAGUCGAAGAGAUGGAUUCAGCACAUAGAAGACCGGAGACACGAGUCCAUGAUGCAACCCAUGAGUCCCUCCCAGUGUGCUCUUUCUUAUCUUCUGCCUUGUGAUGAAAACUGGAAAAGAGAGGAGCUGAAGAAAUAUGUAAUGCAGGCUCCCAUAUGGAACUGGGAGGGCUCACCCAUACACCACAUGGGUCAGCCUGGACACAUCUCUGUUGUUCACAUCAUCAACACUCAAAGACAGGGUCUCCAAGAAAGACUGAUGAUUCUCUUUCCUCAAGAUCUCCUGCUACUUUCUGUGGACAGUAAGCGGCUGCAUAUAAAAUAUGAGGGCAGGUUGGCGAGACAGAGCAUCAAAGCAGUGGAGCGCUCAGCACUUCCUGGACGCUUAGAGUUUGAACUAAGAGGGGAGCUGGUGGAGACGCUGCAGGUCUCCUGCACCUGUGUGGAGGAUUAUCAGGCCUGGGUUUUUCAUCUGCAGCAGCCAGACAGAGACAGCCACAUCAUUAUGAGUCAGCCGCCUCCCUUAGUGCCAAAGCUGCAGAGGAACAGGACGGAGUCACAGGAGCCGAUUUUAUCAGGCGACCAGUGUCACAUCAAUGGCAGGAGCUGACCUGCAGGCCUCAGGAAAAUCUCUAAAAGUGGACUGUUCAAUAUAAAUCGAAAUAAACUUUUAGAUAAAGUAUUUAUUACUUGGAUGUUUGCCAGAACAAGGGUGGAAAGUGUUUGUGGAAAGUGUUUGUCCUAAUUUAGAUAUAAUUCGCUGAGUUGAUUAUUUGUAAGUACCGGAAAAGAGAGUCUGGUCUAUUUCACGUGUGAACAGACUGAAACCAGGCCGUGACCUGGUUUAAGAGGAGAGACGGUAAAUAGAUAGAGCAGAAAGCCAGGGCUGAAAAUAUUGUACAUUUAUGUAUGUAGAACUUUACUAGUAAAUAGUUUUCAAAUAAAGACUCACUUACUGAGCAUUAAACAAGUUUAUCUGAGUUGAAACAUUUACAGUAGUGUGCAGAACUCCAGUGUAUAAUGGCAUCAUAUUGACAAUGGCAUCAGGGUUAAAAACCAAAAGCACCGGUGGAAACGAUUCAAAUUCAAAUGUCUCUGCAUAUAAAUUACAGUCACACAAAGAAAACAAGCCAAGUUCUAACUCUUUGUACACAACGCCAUCUACAGUAAAAUACAUCAGAAUCUGGGGGAACAUAAAUACAUAUGCUACAACAGCAACAGUUUAAAUUACAACAAAUAGCUAUUUGACAGGAAGUCCGAAACAGUUCAUGUGCCACUGGAAAAGUGGAUUAUAGUGGUCCAUAAACAGGCCUCAGCUCAGUCACACUGGGCUGCUCAUCAAAUGAUGCUGACUGAAAGGAGCUACAGAGGAAAAACACUGACUUAAAGUCGGGUCAGAGGUCAGAGUGGAGCAGGUCUGUAGCGCGUACAUUUUUUACUUGAGCAUCUGUGAAAGUAAAAAUUUACAUUUUUCACACAAGUUCACACAAUGGAAUCCGAUUACAGCCACGCAUCAUGAACAUAAAUGUUGUAUUAUUUUAGGAAUUCAAAUAAUUGGUUCACAAUUCUAAGACAAGUCCAGUAGAGUCAGUUCGCCUGGGGAACAAAAUUGCAGCAUUUCUUACAUGUUCAGCUGGUGUGGUUUGCUUUCUCACUGCACUGUCAAACUAAAAAAAUGCUUUGAAAAAAUAUGUUUGCCCCGCAC